AUGGGGCGAGAGCGCGGCACACUCGCACACACACAGCCCGCCGCGGCGGCUCGGGAGCCGCUCGGACCGGCUGCGGGGCAGCGGCCGCCCCCUCCUCCGGGGCUGCUCUCGCCGCUCCUCGGCGUGCCUCCCCGAGAGGGAGCAGAGCAGGGCGGAGCGGGCGCGGCCGCGGGGGCCGGGGCGGCCGGGGGCCGGCGCGCCAGGGCCGGGCUUCCGGAUCUGGGGGCCCGGUUCCGGCUCUUGGAGCGGAGCGGCCGCGGCUCUCGGAGCCGGUGCCAGCGCAGCCCGCCGGCCCGCCCGCCCGCCGGCCGCUCGCGCGCCAGCUUCCCCGGCGGCCGCUCGGCCGCCGCGCUGCCCCCGCCCUCCUUCCCCCGCCCUCCUCGGCGAACCGCGCGCGUCCCUUUCUUCCCGGGCCCCGAGCUCCGCGAACCGGCCUCGCCGAGAGCCUCCCAGCGCCGCGGGCCCCCACUCGCCGCCACCGCCGCCGCCAGCAGGAGCGCCCUCGGCCGAGAGAACGGCGCCGCGGGGCGCGCGGGGGCGACGGCGCCCGGGGCUCCGCUCCCGCCUGGAGGGGAGGGGAGUACCGCCGCCCCCUCUGCCCGCAGCAGCCUCGGCGGCGCCCCCAGGACACCCCGCCAAAGACGCCAUUGUGGCGGCCGAGCAGAGAGGGCCCCGGGGCGGUUUUUCUCCUUCCCCUCCCCGGUGCCCGGGCCGGACCGCCCCGCUCCCCUUUGUGAGCGGCGCCCGGUGCCCAGCUCUGUCCGCCGUCCGUCUCGGGCCGGGCUGAUCCGGAUCCGCCGCCUCCGCCCACCCGGGUGCCUUUAA